AUGCUGCCCCGCGCCACCCAUACGCGUGGCAAUCGUGAAGCCGCCAAAGGCAAGCAAUCGGGCCGCACGCAGGAAAUCCAGCGUUUGAUUGGUCGCGCCCUGCGCGCCUGCGUCGAUCUGCGCGCCCUUGGCGAAAUGACCAUCACCCUCGAUUGCGACGUGCUCAAUGCCGAUGGCGGCACGCGUUGCGCCGCCAUCACCGGCGCCUGGGUCGCCCUUGCCAUUGCACUCGACAAGCAGAUCAAGGCUGGCACGCUCAAGCGCUCGCCUCUGCGUGCGCAGGUUGCCGCCGUUUCCUGCGGCCUGACCGAAGCUGGCCCGGUGCUGGAUCUCGACUAUGUCGAAGACAGCUCUGCCCAGGCAGACACGAAUUUCGUGCUGACCAGCGAAGGCGGCAUCGUCGAAAUUCAGGGCACCGCUGAAGACGCCCCGUUCAGCGAAGCCGAGUUCAACGCCCUUAUGGCACUCGCCAAGACCGGCACGGCACGUCUGUUCGAGAUCCAGCGCGCCGCACUCGAGAGCGUUGCAUGA